GUCGUGCUAGCAGGAGAGCUGAGGUGCAUCCAGGGUUUGUCUUCAGCGUUUUAUUGACAGCCAGAUAAUGCUAUAACAGAUCUUGAAAACUAUACCAGGUGCUUGAGAGAGAAAACUACAUGACACUACACCAUGAGUGACAGUAAAUGUGAUAGUCAGUUUUACAGUGUUCAAGUUGCAGAUUCAACAUUCACUGUACUAAAACGUUACCAGCAGUUGAAGCCCAUAGGAUCAGGGGCACAGGGCAUUGUUUGUGCUGCGUUUGAUACAGUCCUUGGAAUAAAUGUUGCUGUAAAGAAGCUGAGUCGUCCUUUUCAGAAUCAAACCCACGCAAAAAGAGCUUACAGAGAGCUUGUUCUUUUAAAAUGUGUCAAUCAUAAAAAUAUAAUUAGUUUAUUAAAUGUAUUUACACCGCAGAAGUCACUAGAAGAAUUUCAGGAUGUAUACUUGGUUAUGGAGCUUAUGGAUGCAAAUUUGUGCCAGGUUAUUCAUAUGGAAUUGGAUCAUGAAAGAAUGUCCUACCUUCUCUACCAGAUGCUAUGUGGUAUCAAACAUCUCCACUCAGCUGGUAUCAUCCACAGAGAUUUGAAACCCAGCAACAUAGUAGUAAAAUCAGAUUGUACACUCAAAAUCCUUGAUUUUGGACUGGCAAGAACAGCGUGUACUAAUUUUAUGAUGACUCCAUAUGUAGUAACACGGUAUUACAGAGCACCAGAGGUGAUCCUUGGAAUGGGGUAUAAAGAGAAUGUGGAUAUCUGGUCUGUUGGGUGCAUUAUGGCAGAAAUGGUCCUCCAUAAAGUCCUGUUCCCAGGAAGAGAUUAUAUUGAUCAAUGGAAUAAAGUUAUUGAACAGUUAGGAACGCCAUCAGCAGACUUUAUGAAGAAACUGCAGCCUACAGUGAGGAAUUAUGUAGAAAACAGGCCAAAAUAUCCUGGUAUUAAAUUUGAAGAGCUCUUCCCAGACUGGAUAUUUCCAUCGGAAUCUGAUCGUGACAAGUUAAAAACCAGUCAAGCUAGAGAUUUGUUAUCAAAAAUGCUUGUAGUAGAUCCAGACAAGAGAAUUUCUGUAGAUGAAGCCUUACGUCAUCCUUAUAUCACUGUCUGGUAUGAUCCAGCUGAAGCAGAAGCUCCUCCACCUCAAAUCUAUGAUGCACAAUUGGAAGAAAGGGAGCAUGCAAUUGAGGAAUGGAAAGAAUUAAUAUACAAAGAAGUAAUGGAUUGGGAAGAAAGAAGCAAGAAUGGUGUGGUAAAAGAUCAGCCCUCAGCACAGAUGCAGCAGUGAAUAGCAACACCAGCCCUUCCCAGUCAUCAUCUAUCAAUGACAUUUCAUCCAUGUCAACAGAGCAAACAUUGGCUUCAGAUACAGACAGCAGCCUCGAUGCCUUGACAGGACCCCUUGAAGGAUGCCGAUGAUCAGCCAGGAUUGCAGACUUAACUUUGGAAAAGAACUCUUGCUUCCAUUGGGCCUGAAUUGCUUGUAAGUUAAUGGAACCAAGUAGAAAAACUCCAUGUUCUGCAUGUUCUGCUAAAGUAAUGCCUGUACUUUUUACUCAGUUGUUAUAAAACUGCCUGCUUAGUGUUGUAGAAUGAAAGCAAAUCAAUGUCUAAAGAACAAAAAAAUCUGAAUUUAGAUACUAUUAUAGGCUUUUCUUUGUUCCAGCCUCUUUCAGGUGAGCAGUUAUAAUAGACUUAUAGCCAAUAACUCCUCUUGAGUGGAUUUAUGACUUUUCAGUCCCAACUGGUAGGCUUCUAUGAUGCAAAUGGUUGUUUACAUUUUAGUACAGUGUUGUUUAUCAGUAGGUUUUCUUGAAUGUAUAGUCUCUGUGAAGUUUGUUUAAAUGUGUGACUGCAGCAGUUUGCUUUAUUUAACUACUGGAGUGUUACAUGUGAGUGUUAACUCUCAUAUUGAGCGCUCUCAGUACUGUAUUUAAAAGGCAGUUACUCUUCCACACAGCACUUUUUUUUUUUUUUUAAAAUUGAGCCCUUUCUAUCUUCACUUCCCAAUGAUUCUGUCUAUCUUCUUGUAGAAGAGAGAAACAUGACCUUUAAAGAACAUAGCCAUCGCUUCCUAUUUUACCUAUGAAUAUGAGUAUGUGUCUCUGACUCCUUUCAGCUCUUAAAACAUGAAAGAGAGAUACAGUGGCUUAACUCAAUCUUAAGGAAGGAUUUUUGUUGAGUGACUUAUCUGUGAAGCAGUGCCUGUUCAGAAGAGGGGAGAGUGCUAAGUUGUUCUGUACCUUUCUGGCUUGUGAUACUGGUCCUUUAACAAAAACAAACAAAAAGGGAAAUAAAACCUGUCAUGCUCUUCAUUUCAUCGUUCAUGCAAACUGAUUGAAAGGACAGACGAAUUGGAGAGACUUGCAGCCUAAGUGACCUGAAAAGGAGCUGCAUAAUUUUUUUUCCAAUUUUUAAUGGGUCCAUUCUAUAUAGUGAAUUUAAGAAACAAUAUGAUAGUAGUUUUGAAGAAUUUGUCAGCUAAGUUUGUCCAGCAAGACCAUUUAUUUAAUAUAGCUAAAGAGUAUUCCCAAAUUAGGGAAACUUCUCUGUUUGUACUGGGGAGGAAAACAUACAUAAAUACCUUUUCUAAAGACAACGUCAGAGGACAGGAGGAGACUAUUUGCUGUUUCAAUACAGGCUUAUCAAUGCACUCUUCAGGAUCAGAUAAUACAAACAUUGCCUCUUACGUUGCACAAUAGUUUGAACUCUUAGAAAAUGUGUUUGCAGUAGUGUAGGGCUAAUAUUACCAAAUACUAUACAUCUGUGUACUUGUGCAUGUUCACUUUAGAGCACACAGAUGUGUGAAAUAUUUUGCUAAAAGAUGUUGUGUGUGUGUGCACGUGUAUGAGAUUAAACUAUAUUACUAUAAUAGCAAUGAAGAGGUCUCCAAGAUGAGGUAAAACACCACUUUCUUAAAGGCACUGUAUUUAGCUGUUGAUCUAGGUACUGUUGACUUGAGUAUUUAAAGAGAACUUGUAAAAUAUACUUGCCUAGCAAGCCACUGCAUUACUGAGAGGUCUAGUACGCUCUUGUAAAAGAAAAGAGAAUUUGCCUGUCAUUUCUGUUGUUAAGAUUUGAACAGCAGUAAUCUCUCUGAAAGCAAACAUUGCUUUUUCUAUUAAGAUUGUACCCAUAUCUUUUUAAAAUAGCUCAAUUUGCAGUAGCAAAUAUAUUCAGUUUUAGAAUUUAAUAUCCCAGAAGGCAAAAACUUAAUAAAGUAAUAUGAUGUUAAUGUGGGAAUGGUCAUCUGGCAUCUUGGAUUUUUGUAACUCUAUUUAGCUGAAGUGCAGGAGUUUGGAGAUUUUUAUUGUUGUUUGGUUUUAAUCCUACAGAUGCCUUAGUUUAUCUUUAGAUACUGAUGGUAUACGUGAAAUGAUUUUAGUGCGUUUUGUCACUGGAACAAACACUUAAUACCUAUUAUCUUAAAGCAAUACAAGUCGCUGAUUUUUUUUUUAAAUCCUUGUUAUUUGUGUGAGUUAGACACCUAUUAAAAAUGAACAUUAGCAAUUUCAGAUUGGCUGUGAUUUAUUUCAGUCCUUUACAGGCUAGCAAAAGCUGCAGCCACUAUAGAAUGAAAAUAAAGAGAAAACUUUUGAAUAUAGUAAUAUGGACAAUCAGCAAAGCAUAAUUAUCUUUUGAGGUAAAGCUGUUUGUUAGAUAUCGGUGACACUGGUGCUAAACACAUAGUACUUUAUAAGGAGGUGACUUUUCUGACAGUGGGUGCUCAGCAUUCUCUUCAAAAAAAAAAAAAAAAAAAAGCAUCCUAUAAAGUUUGCUGAUCUGAAAUUACUGCCUAGCUUUUUAAAAGACCAUUUUAUUUUGUUUUUGAUGAAGAAUCUUGUUGCAGAAUAGUAGAAUACCAUAUUUUACAACACUUCAUCCCGUACUUCUGUGAAAGCUCUUUUUCUAAACAUGAGGGACUAAAGCUUUUAGCAAUUGAUUAAAUCUACUGCUACAACAACUGCAAAACAAAUGCAACUGCUUUACUGGCAUGCUAAGUGACUAGACCAUUAAUAACUUUCUGCUAGUUGUAUUGUACCACUGUUUGUAGAAGUUGUGGCUGACCAUUUUGAUAAUCUUGAUUUGCCAUGGAAGUAAUGUACUGCAUUUCACUUUUCAAGAUUGAUUUUUUUUUUUUUUUGGUAGGUCUUUCAAGUUAAAUAUGCUGUGCUACUUUUUUUUUUUUUUAAACAGUUGUUGCUUUAGAAGAUUUAAUACCACCAAGUGUGUGUGGGGGUGGAGGGGGUUGGUUAGUUUUCAUUAUUUUUUUCCCUCUACAUGUUUUGGAUGUACAGAGUUAAAUUUGUCAUAUUGGAUUUGAGCUGUGUAGAACAUGGGAGUUGGACCAGAUGAUCUCCAGGUCUUUUCCUACCUAAAUUAUUCUAUGAUUCAAAUUUGUCUUUAAUGUUUUUCCAUACAUAACCGAUCUAUCCCCAUGGUUGCAACUGAUAUCUGAUCUUCUCUUAUAUAACUUUUUCUUGGAGUAAAAACCGCUAUGAGAUUGACUGAGCUUCCUUGUAAAUCUUAUUGUAGGAAAAGCAGCCUCUUUUUUUUUUUUUUUUUUAAAGGCUUCUUGCUAUGGCAUUCGUUGAUGCUUCAGAUUUUUACAAAACUGCUACUGUCUUGGAAACAUGCAUGAAAUGAAAAGACUGUGAAUACUGUGGUUUUGAUUCCAGUAUAACUUUUUAAAAAUUGCUAGUAACUGAACAAAUGUCCAGUUCUCAAGAUGACAGAUAUGCAGAUUGUAUUCAGAAAAAUGCAUGCCGAAUAGACGCGUGCUAAAGUUUCCAUGCUAUUUCAGCGUGCACAUAUAGACUAUAAAUGCACUGCAUGCAGAUUUUAUACAUUUAGUUGUAUUCCUGACUGCAGAUUAAGUUCAGUGCCCCAUUUUGUGAAAUGGUCUUCAAUGCGGUAAGAACCUCAUCACUGCUGGAAAACAAAGUGCACGUGUGAUUUGACAAGGGUUUAAAAGUUUAGAGAGUUUGGUGUGCAAUAGAAUCACUUUUAUUCCUAAUGUUAAAAUCAUGUAUGUAAAGUAAUGCAAUUGACCAUUUUUUGCACUUUGUCAUUUAUAAAUAUUUAUAUGUAUUUAAAGAUUAUGUGAGUGUGUGUAUGUGUAUAUACAUAUAUAUAUAAAAAUGCUUAGUUCUGUAAACAAUGUUACUUUUCUGUAUGAGAGACUGUAUAGUGUUAACACUACUGCAGUAUACAUAAAUGAUUUAUGAAAUAUAUGAUUAAAAAUAAGUGGUGGUCAACAUAGAUGCAAUCUGUAUUCUUAACUGCUCACCUGAAAAAAGAGGGAUCUGAGGCUAUUAACCAGAUUAUUUACCAGAGAUAUUCUAUUAAAUAUGAACACUGAGUAGCUGAAUGGCAUUGCAGAAAUGGAGUAUGAUUUUAAAAAAGUUAUUUCAUCUGUGCUCAUACCACUUUUCCUCAAAAAACAAAACUUAGAAAAGCCAGCCAUUUUUUAAUCUGGAUACUCAGCCUGUAAGUGUGCUUUGAGGAAAUACUGUGAUUUGAAAGGUUUGCUUUUUAUUAAAAAUGAUGAAACAUAAGAAACAUGUCAAAAUAAGGCUUUGUCUGCACGGAUCAGGUAAAAUAAACUAGUCUAAUGACUGGAAACUAAAGCAAACAGCCUUUGAAAUUCUUUGUAUUAUGUUUCUGAUAAGGGUUUACAUUUCCUUAUCAAAAUAAUUUCUAGUAAAGUUUGAGUUUAACUCUUAUUAACUAGUUGGUUGGUAAGUUUCAAAAACUGUUAGGGACCAGAGUGCUUUGGGGUUUUUUGUCUUUUUAAGUCCUAACAGAGUAUACAUGUGUUUAUGCAAAAUUAAGUUUAAAAAGUGAUUCCAUAUAUUUAAUUUUCCUUUCCUAAAGGAAGGGCCUUAAAUGCUAAAUGAUAAUGCUAAAUCAGUUUCCUUUCUGGAUCUGAUUUGUAUUUGGCUUAAAAUUAUAAUUUUAUGAAUGAAGUAGGUUUAAACAUUCAAAACAGCUUCAUUCUGUUCUCAGAGUCUCAGUAUGUAGUGGCCCCUUUUUUGGCAGAAGUGCGCUCCUUUGGUUUGGUGCGCGCUGGAAGUUCAGAUCUACAAGUGCAGACAAAUCUUUACUGAACAUAACGCUCUUUUGCAAUACAGGUUCAGUCCUGCAGCAAUACAGUUUAUGUGGAGUGUUUCCUUUGAACUGUGACACUUGAAAUGGAAGUACUUUCAGUGUGUUGGGGGGGGAAGCUGAACAGCCUCUGUCUGUAUAUUCUACGUAUGUCAUAUGGAUUCUAUCAGGGCUUGAUGCUAAAAGUUCGUGAUACUAUAUACUGGGAACCAAAUUCUUUUCUGGGAUGCGUAUUGCUGUAAUUCCUGCUCAAAACUGGUUUUGAUCUAGGGACACCUGUACCCAGAUGCAGAAUUUGGACUGAAGUUCCCAAAGAUGAAUCCCUGACUCUAACUUCUUUGCUUUUCCACAGUGUCUUUGAAUUUUUUUUAACUUGUUGAAGUUUGACAGGAAAAAAAAAAUACUCUGGCUGAUUAUUUUACGUAUAUUUUAGAUUGUCUAUUACAUGAGUAAUAGUAAUGCUCUAAAGCUUAUUACACAGCUUAUUAAAUCAGUUUUAUUUUUGUCCACUCUGCAUGCUAAAGGUGUCUGGAGCUAAAAGAAUGUUUUAAGUAAACCACCUUUUCUCAUAUUACUGUUGGAGAAAAGUGGAGAGACAACCAUUGUUUCCAUUGGUGUUCUAUAAAAAGACUAUUUUUGUAGCUAAAACUUCAGUUGUUGAAUUUCAAUCCCACAGUCUUGCUUUGUGCAUAUAAAUAUACUUGGGUCCGCUAUUUCAAACAGUUAAAUGUAUAACAAGUCAAGUAUAAAAUUAAAAUAAUAAAAUGCACUCUUCUGAGAUUUGUUACUGAAAAUAUGGCAAAUUAUUUUGAUCUAAGA